AUGAACUGUCAGAGUGGAGAUACGCCAGAGUAUCCCGCGGACUCUAGAGUAGAUAUGAAUGCGAACGGCAACGUGGACACGAAGGGGGAUGGAGAUGAGGAAUCGGAGACCCUCGCGAAUGAUCAAAGUAGGUUAAUCCACCUGGACCCUAUACCGAACUUCAAGGACAAGUCUGAGAUCAAGCCAUGGUUGCAGAAGAUUUUCUACCCGCAGGGAAUUGAGAUUGUGAUUGAAAGAUCAGAUAACAUAAAAAUUGUGUUCAAGUGCAAGGCAGCUCGAAGGGGUAAAAAAACAAGAGACAAGGGAGUAGUACCGAAGAUGGAAACCGAGCAAACUCCCAGUCCAGGCCCCAGUUCAAAGAAGAAAAGGUCUGUAUCUAGAUUCAACACCUGUCCGUUUAGGAUUAGAGCAACGUUUUCGUUGAAAAGGAAGAAAUGGAACAUUGUUGUUUUGAAUAAUAAUCAUUCACAUCCGCUCAAAUUCAACCCAGAUUCAGAUGAAUAUAAAAAGUUCAAGGCGAAAUUGAGAGAAGACAACGAUUGGGAGGCUGUGAAGCAAUUUGAUGAGCUGGAGUAUAGAACUCUGUCUAAUCUACCAAUAGAGACCUCGGUGAUAACAUGUGACUGUGGAUUAACCAAUGAGAUCAAAAGCUUUAAUAUCGUGCUACCAAGCACUAGACCGUUGUGCUCUAGUAGUUCAAAAACUCCAACAAACAUGGAACUCUGUGAAGAUAAUACGUGUACAGGUACAGCUACUUUCCCCGGUACGAGUGGUUUUACUUCGCAACUGGUCAAAAAACCUAAAUCGAAGAAAACGAGACAAUUGCCGCACAAAGAGAACCUAUUGAGAUCGACAACGACGCAGAAUUUUCUGGCAGCAGGCAACGCACCAAUUACAACGAAUUCAUCUAUGCCUGGGUUCUUGGAUAAUCCAACUUCAACAAAUCUGAAUUCAAAUUUGAAUCAAUUCUUAACUUUAGCUUCUUCACAAAAUACUGUGACAGAUUUAAAUGAGAUUGACUUUACAAAUAUAUUCAACAAACGAGUACACAACAAGUGCCCACAUCAACAUAACCAUCGAUGCAGUAUGCCAUCACAUACUUGUAAUUAUAAAAACCCCAGGCAUAAUAGUAGCUAUGAUGAUAGUGGUACGAGUGUAAAGCAACCGAACAGUAGUUCAAAACUAAACAAUGAAAUCAAUAUUGAUGACUCAAUCAACCAGUAUGGUUCAGUGCUCUUUUCACCAAUGCCAGGAUCAUCGAAUCUAUAUCUAUCACCAUCGGAUGAAGUGCUGGCAUCACCUUCAAACCAUAGACCUUCAACAACAUAUGGAAACAGCGACAAUUUUUUUGAUUUCGUGGGUAAACCCGACUUAUAUUUGCAAUACAGCAAUGACCAAAAUUCCAACAAAGACACCGAUUCUUUUACAGAUUCUACUGCUUUAGAUGCGACUGUUCGCUAUAGUGAUGUAUCGUCGCAGUUCCACGGCAUCACGCGAGCACCGAAUCCUGAAGACGACCGAGACUCACGUUUCUCCUCAUCCAAAGGACUCAAUGAAAUCAAGAUGAUUGACGAAAAAUUAUCUGAUUAUUCACGACAAUCGCAAGUAUCGCAACCGCCACAACCCCUCGGGCCAUCGCAUCCACAACCCCUAUCACAACUAUCACAACUAUCACAACUAUCACAACUAUCACACCUAUCACAACUAUCACAACUGUCACAAAUAUCACACCUAUCACAUCUGCCUCAAGAGCCACAAGCGCCACAAGCGCCACAAGCACCACAAGCACCACAAGCACCACAAGAACCACAAGAACCACAAGCACCACAAGCACCACAUGCACCACAAGCACCACAUGCAUCACAAAUUCUGCAGCAGCAAAGCGAGAACGAUGUCCUACCUACUUUCCCACUACACGGUAACGCACAAUACUCGGAACAACAUGUUAAACAAGAAAUCUUAAGCCAUGAGAUACAUGUGCAGGAGCACGAUCUAUAUUUGAAAGAUUUUGAUAUUAACUGGAACCUGCAAAAUCAGAAUUUGAAUUCUAUGUCUCCGUCAAUAGAUAGCACAACGGUGAAGAGAGAAGACGAUAACACCAAUGAUAAUGAGCAAAAUUUUUGGGAAAUGAACUUCGAAAAUUCGUAG